UUUUGACAUGACGUCACGAGUGUGCGACAGACAGCCACCUAGCUACGCAGUUGUUUGUUUUAUUGGAUUUGUUGGAAUUUUCCACUACGGAGUUUGUUUACAAUAAAGUUGAGAAGUAAACUGUAGGCAGUAUUAUAAACCGGAACCGAGCUAUCUACGGACAUAGUUACCGAACCUUUAGGGCUAAGUGUCGCGGUUCGUCCGUUUUCUGUUUCGGACUUUGGGGAGCGGAUGGAGUUAACCGUAAACUAGCUGUUAGCAUAUUUUCGCUCAGAUUAGCUUCUGGAGCCUGGAGCAGGUUUAGCAGUUCGUGGUUGAGAUGGAGUUUCUUGGAGUUGGCGGGGGGGCCGGUGCGGUGGUGGUGAGCGGAGGUAACGUUCCGGCCUUUCUUACUAAACUGUGGACCCUUGUAGAAGACCCGGAGACCGACCCUCUUAUCUGCUGGAGCCCGAGUGGAACCAGCUUCCAUGUGUUCGAUCAGGGUCGGUUCUCUAAGGAGGUUCUGCCGAAGUUCUUUAAACACAACAACAUGGCGAGCUUCAUUCGGCAGCUCAACAUGUAUGGUUUUCGUAAGGUGGUGCACAUCGAGCAGGGCGGCUUGGUCAAACCAGAGAAAGACGACACAGAGUUCCAGCAUCCAUUCUUCGUCAGAGGGCAAGAGCACCUGCUGGAGAACAUCAAACGAAAAGUCACCAAUGUGUCAUCGGUCCGUCAAGAAGAAAUGAAGAUGUCCACGCAUGAAGUCAACAAAAUCCUGAGCGACGUCCAGCUGAUGAAAGGAAAACAGGAAACUAUCGACUCCAGGAUCAUCGCCAUGAAACAUGAGAAUGAGGCUUUAUGGAGGGAGGUGGCCAGUCUGAGACAGAAACAUGCUCAGCAACAGAAAGUUGUCAACAAGCUGAUUCAUUUUCUGGUGUCCCUUGUCCAGACCAACAGAAUCAUUGGAGUCAAGAGGAAAAUUCCUCUGAUGCUCAACGACUCUAGCUCCGCCCACUCCAUGCCGAAGUACAGCCGGCCCUUGACGCUGGAGCACAUUCAGAACGCAGCUGCCAAUCUCCUGUCAGCGGACUCAUCGUUGAACUCUGGGCCGAUCAUCUCGGACAUCACAGAGGAAGCGCCGUCCUCCCCCGAAGAAGCAGUCACUGACUGGAACGACCUUGAAGAGAACAACGUAGUUUUUAUCAAAGAGGAGCCAGCCAGUCCUGAGGUGGAGGAGUGUCCUGUUCUGGAGGUGGAGCCGGAUUCACUCCCAGCAAACGAGGACACCCCUCUGUCCCCCACCACCUUCAUCAACUCUAUCCUUCAGGACGAGACGCCGCCGCCCCAGGUCACCUCCUCCACCACCACAGCCACCACCACCAACCCCACAGCAGCCACCCCUACUGCGGUGAAGAGCCCUGCCUCCUCUAGUCCAGAUCAGGCAGCGCCGGCCCCCAAAUCACCGGCCCCCGCUGCCAGCUCUGACCCUGCCUCGGCCCCGAGCCCCGCCACACCUCGACAGAAAUGUCAGACCAUCGCCCGUCUUGACAGGUACCUCCCCCCACCGCCUGCAGGUGGACUCCCACCUGAUGUUUGGCGCAUCCUAUCGAAACUUCCUGAGAAGUAUGAACUCUCUGAUCACGUCGACACCAUUGACACCGGUUUAGAAAACCUGCAGAGCAUUCUGAACGCUCAGACCUUCACCUUCGACCCGUCUCCCCUGAUGGAGUUUUUCGGUUCAUCCGUUCCGUCUGCAGACUUUGACAUCGAAAGUUUGGAUAAUCUGCUGUCUGAUGAAGUCCCUAAAGAAAGCGAAGACAGAACAGGUAAGCGCAGUUUCUUGCCAUUCGGACCGAGCGUCGGGCCCGGCUUUGCUUUUGUCGCGGUGACCAUCUCUUCUUUGAUCGGUGCAGGGAAGCAGCUGGUGCAGUACACUGCCACGCCUCUCCAUUUGAGUGAACCAGUGACUCUGGGCGAGGGCGACGCUGACCUCCCGUCCCUCCUGGAGUAUGAAACGGAGCCUUUGUUCAACUCCGACGCGGCCACGGACGACCCGCCCGACGUCCUGCUGAGCACGACCCAACUGGACUCCAACCUCUAAUAUCCUCAAGAAUGUAAUGACUCCUCAGUAACAACAGGACACUGAGCACCAGCUCAGCAGCAGCAAUAGACAAUGACAAAAUCGAUGGGUUGUAGAUCAAUCAUUAGGUCAAACGUCAUGUUUUUAUCAAGCAGAUGUUAUUAAUCGAUAUUAAUCCAUUUCUAUACUUUAGGAUUAUUUUAGGUUUUAUUUUGUGUUUGCCACCUGAAUCCAAACCUUUCUUUGUUGCUUGUAAAGAAGAAAAAAAAAAAAAACUAAGAAAAACAGAAUCUGAAAAAUCCUAAAUAACCGAGGUCACAUGUACCUGCUGGUGUAUUCAGGGACUGAUCUGGGGGUAGACGCAGUACGUAUGAUGUCACAGGACAGGUGAGUCAGGCUCAUGUGACCCCGGCGCUCUCUGCUCUGCAUGUUUGAGUCACAAUUUGACGGCUGUAUUUGUUUUCACGUGUAUGAUUCAAAUAUAAAGAAGAGGAUCAGAAUAUUUUCGAAAACGUUUAUUACAGUGUUUAUCCUCCUCCUGUUGCCUCGUCCUCGGCGGAAGCAGCAGCAUUGGGACGCUUUUGACCCAGAACUGAACGGACUUUUCUUUGGACGGAGGUCUGUCCUCAUGAGCCAUGCUGAGUCAUUUCCUGCGUUUCACCUGGACCGCUGGUUAGGCAUGGGCCGGUAUGUAGAAAUACCACGGUGUCACUGUAUGUACGGCAACAUUCAAAACGAACAUCCAUGACGCGAUCUGCCGUGUUUUCACGUUGAACAAGAGAGCAGCGAAUAUUCCUACCGCUACAAAAGUUGUUCACUGGAGUUAUUACAGAGUUAUCUGUUCAACUUUUUAAUAUUUUUAUAUAGCGAGACCUGAGCAGAAGUAUAGAAUAAACACUCGCUAACUUUAGAAAUUGAAUUUGCAACGUUCAACAUUAAAUAUUGUUUCUCUUGUCAGUGGUUUUGCAGCUGGAGGGUGAAAGAUGGAAAUGGUGCAGCAGUUUAAUGGCUGCUAGCUGACUGGGAGAGUGCAGUAACAAGUGGGGGAGGGGUAGCGUUGCAUUACUCCAUGUGGCCGUAGAAAAAAUCUUGUUCUUCUUGGUACUUUCUGUGUCGUCUCAUGUAAAGAAUUUAAAAUCGAAAGGAACAAUAUGACAGAAGAUGUCCAUGUUUAUACCGUUAGCCGACCCAUGCCUACUCCUGACAGCCGGCUGCACUCCACUCUGACAGCGCAGGAGCUUUAAAGAAACUUUGAGUACCUCUAAUACAAAGAUGAGGUGAAAAGCUCUGGAAAUGUGUAUUAUUAGGUUUCAAUGUGGUAUACUGGAGAGUUGACUUAACGGCUCACUCAAAGAAGACAAGCUUUGUAAAAUUUGAUUUUAUUAGGAGGUUUUUCUGGCUGAUAAAGUUGUCUAAAAUGCAUUAGUCUGUCAGCAGCGCAGCAUUUCUCCCUCUUUUGGAUCUAUUUUCAGAAGUGACUUUAUAUGCAUCAACGCCGCUCUACUAUUGGGGCUUUUCUGUGUAAAGGUACCUUUGUUGGCUCCAGUUUCAGAUCAGAUUUAGAGUGUGGCUACAACCGGGACAGAUUUAAGGCAAAAAUCACUUCCGGACAUCAGGUGUCGCGUUUCAGUUUUAAUGAAACAUAUUCAAGACUGUUGUUAUUUACCGUCUGAGGUGGAAAUUAACUUUUUAUUCCUAAAGACUCAGUUUGUUUUAUUUGGAAAAACUUUCAGCGUCAGCUGCUCACGGGUGGUUAGCGAUUAAAAGUGACGUGUAGCUCCUGCUGAUAGAUAUUUAAUUCAAAAUGUAAAAAAUGUAUAAGGGAAACUUGUUAUUGUGCAGGUGUAACCUCGGUAACAGCAAAGAGGCAUGUUUGAUAACAUUUUCGGAAACAAGGGCUGCUCGACAUAAAAAAACAAAACAAAAAAAAACAGGAUUGCAAAAUUAUUGAAGAAUAUUGUGAAGCUGUUAUCGAUUGUGAUUGAGCCCCGUUUUCUGUCAAUCGUUUAACUUUUCGUAUGUCGCUCCACUACGCUUCCAGGAGGGUUUGGCAUCACAGAUCUUUAUAUCAGGUGUGGAAAUGCUUCACAAGUGGAGGCCCAUCCAUCGGGCAAAAUACAGGCUGAUCUUCACAGGCCAUUUAUUUUAGUAAUUCAAUUUCAAAAAGUGAAGUCAUAUAUAUUCAUUACACACACAGAGGGGUACAUUUGCAGUGCUUUAUUUCUGGUUAGUUUGAUGUUUAAGGCUUACAGCUAAUGAAAAAAAAAACUAAAUUCAGUGUCAGAAAAUCUGAAUAUUGCAGUAAAAAGGAUUUUUAACACCGAAGUACAGAAAAGUAUGCCCAUGCACUGUAUAAUAUCUGCACUCUAUACCUGCUUGGGCCUCUUUAUGCAUGAAUUCCUGCAUCAAUGUGGCGUUGCAUGGAGACGAUCAGCCUGUGGGUCUGCUAAGGUGUAAUGGAAGCUCAGGUUGCUUAGUGGCUAUUAGCUCAUCUGCAUUGUCUGGUCUGGUGUCUCUCAUCUUUCCUUUGACAGAACAUAGAUUCUCAGCCUGUUUUAUCUCAGGUCUGUUAGCUGACCUAUUAAUGAAAGUAAAACAUGCUCGUAGAAGCAGGUAUUGGUAACUGGCAACGUGGCCAAAUGCUAAAUCCUAUUGGAAAAUUACAUCAGCGUCGCCAUAAAGCUUGUCAGCAGAGGGAAAUAUGAAGUGCUCUACAAUGCAGUUCCAGGUCUGCGCUUCACAGCCUUCUCAUGGCUGCGCUUUAGUGGUACUUUUUCUAUCCGGUUUUUUUCUUUCAUCAAACUGUCCAUAGAUAUCCUUGUUUGCAGCACUCUGACCAACUUGCUUCUUUAGCAGCGAGUGCCUUAUCCCCUUUGUGGAGGGUGUUAGUCACUGUCUGCUGGCCAUAGCUUAAUAUUUCCAAAUUAAAACUCUUUUUGUUGCUGUUAUUCAAAGUUUUUGAGCAACUGAACUGGGAUUUCAUUAGCUGUGAGCCAAAACUACCCAAGUAAGACAGAUAAAAUGCCACUUAAUGAAUCUAUAUGAGGUUCACUUUUAAGAAUUCAAUUAUUGAUAUAAAAUGACCAUUGGGAUCCUCCUUAGUUUGACUCAUUUUAUAUUUGCUUAUAUUUGAAUUGCAUUCCUGAAUGCUAUAACAAAUUCUCCAUUUAAAUGUAGCUACAAAUGUAUCUAAACACAACUCUAUGACCGUGAGGAGGCUCCUGAUGUCCUGAAUCAUCAAUCCUCAGAUGCUCUACAGGUUUGUCGGAUGCUGCACAGACAGGAAGCUCUCUGCCAUGUAAAAUCACACUGAAUAACAUAUUGACUUUUGUUUGAUUUUGCUUUUGAUUCCAACGAACAAGCCAUCUAUAUUUAAUUUACCUGACGUUUCUCUACGUGUUGGAGGGAGGAGGGUCGAAUGUUGAAGUAUUCUAGUUGCAAAACCUUUGUUCAAUAAAUUGUUUUAAACACAA